AUGGAUAAAGUAUUAGACAAAGCGGGAAUUAGCCUUUCCCAGAACUUAGUUAUGGAUAACGGAGUUUGGAAGUGGAUUUCAGCGUCCGAAGUGGGGUUUUCGGUCAAGCAAGUGCGUUCGGAUUUAGAAAGUUGUCGUGUGGAGAACCCAGUGAUUGAUCCAGCCAUCAUAUGGAACAGCUGGGCCCCGGCAAAAGGAAACAUCCUACUGUGGCGGGCUCUUCUCGGUCGCAUCGCUUCAAAGGAGGGUUUGGUCCGUAGGGGGAUAUCGUUGCCGGAUGUUGUUUGUCCGAGGUGCGGUCUUGACACGGAAAGUGCAGAUCAUAUUUUUAUCAAAUGUCUUUGGGCUAGAAGCAUCUGGUGGAAUGUUCUGACUUGGUUGCGGAUUCGCUUUCCGACUCAAUGUGAUUCGCUUGUCGAUUUAGUAAAGUAUGUUAAAGAUUGCCCGGGAAGCGCCAGGUGGAAGCGGUUAGUGUCUACGGUCGUUAUUGCUACGGUUUGGAGAAUUUGGAGCGCUAGAAACUCCAAAGUGUUUGAGGACCUUUUCAUUCCUAUCAUGAAGACCGUUGAAUUCAUCAAAGAAGAUGCGUUUCUUUGGGUUAGUAAUAGAGCGAAGAAUAUGGAGCCUUCUUGGGGGAAAUGGAUGAUGUUUGACGUAGUAGACCUGAUGUAA